AUGGCGGACAAAAGCAAACAGGAGAAAGAUAGUGGCGAAAAGAAAGAAGAGAAGAAGACAAAUGGUGAAGAAAAAGAACAGGAAAUGUCUGAUGAAGACAAACAACUUCAGGAUGAAUUGAACAUGUUGGUUGAAAGACUCACUGAGUCAAACGAGAAGCUAUACAGACCAUCGCUGGAGAGCCUGCGUACGCUCAUCCGGGCCUCCACAACUUCCAUGACAUCGGUCCCAAAACCCCUCAAGUUUUUGCGGCCUCAUUAUGACACGCUGAAAGCAGUCUUUGAGAAAAUCAAAGAUGCAGAGACAAAGCGCUUCUGUGCAGAUAUUGUGUCUGUAUUGGGUAUGACCUUGAGUGAUUCUAGAGACAGCUUGAAGUACAGGCUCCUGGGAUCUAAGGAGUCUAUCGGAUCCUGGGGGCAUGAGUAUGUCAGGCACCUGGCAGGAGAAGUGGCUGAGGAGUGGCAGAGUACAGAGGAAGGAAAUAAGGAUAUGAGAAAGAAGCUGCUGAAGAUGUCCGAGGAGAUUGUACCCUACCACAUGGAGCACAAUGCGGAGGCUGAGGCAUGUGACCUUCUCAUGGAGAUAGAGAGACUCGACCUCCUCCAGAAGUAUGUGGAUGAGAACGCUUACCCCAGGGUCUGCCUGUACCUCACUAGUUGUGUGCCGUAUGUACCUGACCCAGAGAACACCAUUUUUCUGAAGACAGCUCUGGAUUUAUACCGGAAAUUUGAUCAGUACCCUCAAGCAUUACGCUGUGCCAUGCAGCUCAAUGACAUGGCUUUGACAGAAGAAAUAUUUCUAUCCUGUAAAGAUAUAAAGGUACAGAAGCAGCUGGCCUACAUGCUCGGUCAGCAGCAAAUCUCUCUGGAGCUGAAUGAUGACAUCACAGAGUAUGAUGAGCUGAUGGAAAUCAUGUCUAAUGCUCAUCUCAAUAACAGUUUCCUCGCCUUGGCCAGAGAGCUGGACAUCAUGGAGCCCAAAGUACCAGAGGACAUAUAUAAAAGUCACCUGGAACCUAACAGUAAGACAUAUAUUGGCCCCAGUAACAUUGACUCAGCACAUCAGAACUAACUUGCAGCAGCCUUUGUAAACGGUUUUGUGAACGCAGCAUUUGGGCAGGACAAGCCUCUGAUGGAGGAUGGCAAUAAAUGGCUCUACAAGAACAAGGAACAUGGUAUGCUGAGUGCCACAGCUUCCCUGGGUCUGAUUUUACUGUGGGAUGUGGAUGGUGGCCUGACACAGAUAGACAAAUACCUAUACUCCACAGAGGAUUACAUCAAGGCUGGAGCCCUGCUGGCCUGUGGGAUUGUGAACAGUGGAGUGAGGAAUGAGUGUGACCCAGCAUUGGCUUUGCUCUCAGAUUAUGUUCAACACAACACCAGCAUAAUGAGGAUAGGAGCCAUUGUUGGACUAGGCUUAGCGUAUGCUGGUUCUAACAGAGAAGAUGUGAUCAGCUUUCUGCUACCAGUUCUAGGAGAUUCAAAGGCAUCUAUGGAGGUGGUUGGGAUGGCUGCCUUGUCAUGUGGUAUGAUUGCUGUAGGCACCUGUAAUGGAGAUGUGACGUCCACGGUUCUUCAGACAAUGAUGGAGAGGUCAGAGGCAGACCUUAAGGACACAUACUCCAGAUUUUUAGCCUUGGGACUUGCCUUGACUUACCUUACCAAACAAGAGGCAGCUGAGGCCACUCUGGCAGCCCUGGAAGUUGUGGCUGAACCCCUGAAGUCCAUGGCGCACAUGCUUGUUGACAUCUGUGCAUAUGCAGGUACCGGCAAUGUCUUGAAGAUUCAACAACUUCUGCACACCUGUUCUGAACAUGACGAAUCAAAAGAUGAGGAUAACAAUGAGAAAAAAGAAGAUAAAAACAAAAAGAAAGAUGACAAAAAAGAGAUGAAAAAAGAGCCUGCUGGUCCGGACCUUUCAAUACAACAAGGCAUUGCUGUCUUGGGGAUAUCCUUAAUUGCAAUGGGAGAAGACAUCGGUGCAGAAAUGUCUUUCAGAGCAUUUGGCCAUCUGCUGCGUUAUGGAGAGCCGGUUAUUCGACGAGCAGUUCCUCUUGCCCUGGCCCUCAUCUCAGCCUCUAACCCCAAACUGCAGAUUCUGGACACACUCAGCAAGUUCUCCCACGACAGUGACCCAGAGGUGUCUUACAACUCCAUCCUCUCCAUGGGCCUCGUCGGUGCAGGUACAAACAAUGCUCGUCUGGCAGCCAUGUUGAGGCAGCUUGCUGUAUUCCACGCCAAGGACUCCAACAACUUGUUCAUGGUUCGUCUGGCGCAGGGUUUGACUCAUCUAGGGAAGGGCACACUGACAAUCUGCCCUUACCACAGUGAUCGCGCCCUCCUCAGCCCAGUGGCAGUAGCUGGACUCAUGUCUGUACUCGUCUCCUGUCUGGAUGUCAAAAAUAUUAUUUUAGGAAAAUCUCACUACAUUCUGUACCACCUGGUAUCAGCCAUGCAGCCCCGUAUGUUAGUCACCUUUGAUGAGGAUCUGCGACCAUUACCUGUGUCUGUGAGAGUAGGACAGGCUGUGGAUGUUGUGGGCCAGGCGGGUAAGCCAAAGACCAUUACUGGCUUCCAGACUCAUACCACUCCAGUUCUGCUGGCCUAUGGGGAGCGGGCAGAAUUAGCCACCGAUGAAUAUCUUGCCCUGACUCCCGUCAUGGAGGGAUUUGUCAUCCUCAGAAAGAAUCCCGACUAUGAAGUGUAGUCUUUGUGUAAGUUAAGAUUAGGCAGGAAGUCAGCAUCCUGGACACUGAGAGACUGCCAUUCCAGCUGACCAGGACUACAUGUACCUGGAUUUAAGCAGGCUGUGUAUAUGGAUUGGGCACAUACUCCUGUUUGUGUAAUGGCAGUCCGUAAGGUGGAGAGCUACAUGUAGUGUUUAAUGUGCUGACUGAAAAGUGUGUGUGUCCUCCUGUCAGACAGCUGCAUUACAGUGUGGAAGACAGAAACUGUGGAUAAUGCAAGUGAAUAACAUAGGUAAUGAAUAACUUGAGGAUCGAUUGAACAGUCGUGUGGUCAGGUGACAUUCAAGAAGCACUGCUCUUUACUGGAGGUGUUUGAUCUAUUUGUAUAUAACUUCAUUUUGAAAAAUAAAUGAACUACAGCA